GAGAACAUGUCAGAUAAGACUCAGAUGCCGAGCAGGGAGCGCACCCUCGCCGGACGAAAAGAGAAAAUGGCUGUCGCAGACAAGAAUGCAGUCAACGGAAACACCACUGUGGAGCCUUUUCCAGAAGGCAUGGAGAUGAUCAUGUUUGGUAUGGGCUGUUUCUGGCAAGCAGAGAAACUUUUCUGGAGAGUUUCGGGGGUUUUCUCUACCCAGGUGGGCUUUGCUGGCGGCUUUACGCCCAACCCCACAUAUGAAGAGGUCUGCUCAGGUCUGACUGGACACACUGAGGUGGUGAGGGUGGUCUUCUCUCCCAAAGACGUCAGCCUUGUCGAGCUGCUGAAACUCUUCUGGGAGAAUCACGAUCCGACACAAGGUAUGAAGCAGCAUGCCGACGUCGGGACUCAGUUCCGUUCGGCCAUUUACACUUCCAGCGCCACUCAACAGGAGCUCGCUCUGAACAGCAAAGUGGCCUACCAGAAGGAGCUGGAGGCGAAGGGCAUGGAUGCCAUCGCAACAGAAAUAUUGGAGUUGCAGCAGUUGUACUACGCCGAGGACUACCACCAGCAGUACCCGAAGAAGAUACGCCAAGGCUAUUGCGGCCUCAAAGGCACCGGCAUUUCCUGCCCCGUCGGAGCGGGGAAAGAGGAGCCGUAA